AUGGGUGGCUUGAAGCAAAAGAUUCCGAUAAAGAUGAUAGGGAAAAAAGAUUCACGAGCCGUAGCAUACUCAAAACGCACAAAGGGUCUUUACAGCAAAGCGGCUAAGAUUUGCCGGCUCGCCGAUGCACAAAUUGCGAUCUUGGCAACUCCCGUUUCUUCCAAUUCCAACGCUUCUUUCUACACCUUUGGUCAUUCAUCUGUGGAUAGCGUUGUCGCCGCUUUCCUCGCUAAUGAGCGUCCUCUUAGGGAAGAUCUAGGGUUAGGGUUAGGGUUCUGGUGGGAAGAUGAGAGGCUUGCAAAAUCAGAGGAUCCGGAGGAACUGGGAGACGCGAUCAACUCAAUGUCGAAGAUGUUGCAAGAUCUGAAAGAUUUGCGUUGCAAUGCCUUGCAAAAUCGACGAGAUUGUACUGAGGACGUGGAGGAGAAGGAGGGUUUAUUAGACGGAACUCAUCAAAACCAUACUCUUAAUAAUCCUGAAUCUUGUUGCGACAACGACAACAACUAUGCUUUACUUGGAAACGUGGAUGGAUGCAAUCAAGAGUUGUUGGACAUUGAUCAGAUCAUUAAUUUUGAGUCGACGAGUUCGUCAGUGAAUUCAGAGUUGGAAAACAUGAUCUCGAUGGUGACACCAAAUCAUCAAAACUCCUUCUCUGAUCAUUCUAAUGCUAUUAUUGUAGAUGAAGGAUUGGUGGUUCACACUGAUUUGUAUGAUGAUAAUAAUAUCCACUUGUCCAAUUUAGAUGAAGAUCUGAUGCUACAGAUUUCUGACAACAACAACAACAACAGCAUAAACAACAAUGUUGAAGAGCUGGAAAACUUUGAUGAGUUCAUUCAAGAGCUGGAUCUUGAUGACAUCUUUGAUUUUAAGACGAAUUAUGUGCAGAGCUUGGAGAUGGAUGGUGUCUCGAUGGUGACUACGACGAACCAAGAUUUGGGUUUAAAUUCUGAAACAGUUGGAGAUGGAGGAUUAGUGAUGACUCACAUAGAUUUGGAUGAGGAUAAUCUAUGCUUUUCUGAUUAUUUUAAUGACUUAACCUCCUCUGCUCAAAACUCCCUCCAAGAUAUGUAUACAACAAGUUAA